GACCUGAAAUAAAAAAGUUGGAAGCGAUCGAACUUAUCCGGAACAAGAGAUUCUAAAUUUAAGACCCAAAUCUAGAACUAGAAUCUAAGCCAAAUCUAAGCCUAGUCAAGAUUUUAUGAUCAAAUUGCCUCUAAACUGAGGAUGACAGCUGCAUCUGAUGAUGAUAUUAUUAGAAGGAGACUACUGAUUGAUGGAGAAGGUGGGAAUGAUGAUAAAAGACUUAACAAUCUUCUUAAAACUUUCAUUCGCUGGUCAGCAUCCAAAGAAGAAGAUGAAAAUUCCCAAGCUAUGUACCAGCGCAUGCAGGCCAUGAUAGGACAGUGUGAAUACACUUUGGAAAAGGCAAUAAACACUUUUGAGAUGAACAAGCAGGAACUGGAAAAUUAUGAAAAAUUAAGUAGAGAAAUAGAUGAUAAAAUCAAAGAGGCAACAACAAGAAUAGCUGAAGCUAAAACUGAACUACAGAUGGCAAAAUGUAUUAGGAAAAAUAGACAAGAAUAUGAUAACUUGGCAAAGAUUAUUCAGCUCCACCCUGACAGACAGGCAACAACAAAGCAGUUGCAAUUACUAGACAAAGAGUUAUCCAAUUUGGCUACCACAAAACAGAAAUUAGAAGAAAAGUUGGAGUUGCGUAGAAAACAGUUUAUGGUGCUUAUAACUUCCAUUCAUGAGUUACAACGUAUAUUGGAGGAAGAUGACGAAAACAAUGAAGAAUCAAAAGAAGAAGAGAUGAACCUUUCAAGCUAACCAAUGUUGCAUGCAAAUUUGUAUUAUAUAAAAAGUAUUUGAAUUUUAAGAGCACUGCCAGCCACAUUUGUCUAUAUUAAUUAGAUCUAGAUAUUUUGCAUAUGAAACUUUCUUACUUUGACUGGUCGCAGAGUAUUUAGCAUAAAGAACACUGUAUAACAAGUGUUGAAAUAGUUAAGCACUUUAUUCUUUAAUUUUGGAGUAUUAGAUACUAUAUUUGGGAGUACUAAAAGAAGGGAAACUUUUCUUUUGGCUGAGUAUAUGUGAUCCAGCAUUGUAAGUCUUUGUAUUAAUUAUAUUUUCUUUGUUCUAAUAUUUCAAAUAAAAAUUUCAUACUUUUUAAAUGGUGCUGUCCUUCACAUUCAAUAAAAGUAAAUAAUAUGUGUAUUAUUUGAUUUAUUUGAAUAAACA